UCUUCCAGCUCUGAAUAUCGCACGACCAGGCAGGCAUGAAGAGAGAUAACGAACGAUACGCGGGAUACACCGCUGGUGGACACACGGAAGAAGAAGGAGGACGCAGUCUGCUAUGCUGGGCUCUAUUCGGAAUGGGUGAGCAUCAGACCUACGUGAAGCUCAGUGAAGAGAAACUUAUACCUAAGUCUGACAUCUUGUCACUGCUUAGGACCUACAACUGUUACCACGAAGGGAAAAACUUCCAGCUGAGGACUCGCGAGGAGGAUGGAGAGCUCAUUCUCGAGGGGUUGCUGAACAUCUACUGGGGUCUUCGCCGGCCAAUCAGACUUCAGAUGUACGACGACAAUGAAAGAUUCCGUCUCAACCGAAACGAUAGAUCUGCUGUGGCAAAGCAGCUCUCAGUGGAGUCAAACAAUAACUUGCUGGGUACAGAGACAGCUAGUGGGGACAUGGGUGGUCAGGAGGACGAGGAUUCUCCCCAGCUGCUGAGGACCAGGAGUGAUGCUUCCUUCAUGCGGGUUCAGAGGAGGUCAAAGACGCACACUGCCAGAGAUUUGCAGCGCUUGCGCACACACAGGUUCUCAAUCAACGGGCACUUCUACAACCACAAGACAUCUGUAUUUACUCCAGCCUAUGGUUCAGUCACAAACGUCCGAGUGAACAGCUCCAUGACGACUGGACAAGUCCUCAACCUGCUGUUACACAAGUUUAGGGUGGAGAAUAAAUCAGAAGAGUUUGUCCUUUAUAUGGUGCAUGAGUCUGGUGAAAAGACGCGACUGAGGGAUGGUGAAUACCCGCUGGUGGCUCGUGUGCUUUACGGGCCCUGUGAGAAAAUCUCCAAGAUCUUGAUCACGGAGGCUGACCUGGGAGAGGAAGUUACAUAUGAUGUUGCCCAAUACAUAAAGUUUGAGAUUCCUGUUUUAGACAGCUUUGUAGAGAAACUUAAAGAGGAAGAGGAACGUGAGAUAAACAAGCUGACCAAAAAGUACAGCGCUCUGAAGUUUAUGAUUCAACAUCAGCUCGAAGGAAGAGCUCACACCAGUGACAGAGUAUGAGUGUCUCUGUAUGCACUAAUGUAGUGUGUGUGUGUGUGUGUGUGUGUGUGUGUGUGUGUGUGUGUGUGUGUGUGUGUGUGUGCUACGUGUACAUUUGCGAGUGUAGAGGUUGUUGAUUUACUAUGGGAACAUUUGCCAAUACUGUAGUGAAUGUAGAGGUAAAGGUAAAAGGGUAUAUAAGUAAAGGCUG